GGCAUCAUGAAGCGUCUACUGUUGCUUAUCAUUUUGGGUUAUGCUGGUGUGAGUUUGGGGAAGGACUGCGGGCCGUUUGCCAGGCCCUGGAUGGUCAUCUUCAAUGACCGCAGAAGUGGAGCUCUCCUCAAUGAGUACUGGGUGCUGACCUCAUUCGACCACAAUGCAGACCCCUCAAAAAUGGUGGCUCGACUUGGGGUAGACGACCUGAGCGAAACUACUGACUAUGAGCAAAGGAUACCUGUGGAGCGAUGGAUCAACCACGACCCGUAUUCGCUCCACUCCUCUCCACCCCGGCCGCCCAUGCGGCGUAAGAGGAGUCCCAUGUUUGACAUAGCGCUGGUGAGGCUGGCCUGGUCCGCACGCUUCACCACCCAGGUCCAGCCUAUUCCGCUGCCUACUGGGCCUGCACGGCUUGGGGAGCACUGUGUGGUGUCCGGCUGGGGAUCCACCAUACCGUAUGGAUGUGAAAGCAACUACAAGGCAUCUAACAAACAGCAGUGUCUGCAGCAGCCCAUUGUUGGAGGGAAAUACUGCCACUCCGGGGGUGGCGUAAACAUUUUCUGUGCUGGAUAUGAGGAUUCUGCCGAGGGGAAUUGUCUGAGUGACUCUGGCAGUAUCCUGUCGUGCGGCGGUGUGCUGCACGGUGUGAAUGCCAUGGGUCAAGAUGGCUGCCGCGGGAGGCCAGAGACCUACUCCAGCGUCUACUCCUACAAGUACUGGAUCAAUGACAUCAUUCACAGCUACUCGUAUCCUACAACUCUGCCACCUACUACCACUACUCCAACCACUGUAACCUGCUGUUACCCCACCCCUACAACUACUACAACCAUGAAUACCCUCUGUGAAAGCAGCACUACAACACCAACUACGACGACACCAAUUACUACAACCUCUGUAACCUGCUGUGAUACCACUACAACCCCAACUACUACCCCAACUACUACUACCACUAUAAUCUCCUGUGAUACCAAAACAACACCACCUACAACUACUAGGCCUACAACCCUUUAACAAACCUGGAACACUUGGUGACUGUUGACUCGUUGACCCAGGACCUGACAUCGAGGCUGCCUCCAUGGAAAAUCGCUGUGUUAUCGCCAUGGCAAGUCUGCAAACUGAGACACCAAGGCUGAGAUGCCAGACAAAUCGACUCUCCAGGCCAUACUGUGUCCCAGCUCACACCUUGGCUGUUUUGUACCCCUAGGUCUACAGAUCAUGCUUGUGAUUCUCGAAAGCAUAGAUGCUAGCAACUGGGUAGUUGCCAAUGGGAAAUUGCAUUGCAACCAACACAGUAGCUAACAUAGUUAGCACCUAUGGUUUCGAGAAAUGCGCCCCAGCUUUCUGAUCAUGGCUAAACCCCUUUGCCGCCUCCUGCUUGCCUCUACAGGGAACCCUCCCCUGUGGCAAAUUCUGAGUCUCUCAUAUUGUGUUGUGCUUUGAUUAUAUGCUUAAAAAAAUCACAGAUGUGCUUCCCAUAUUAUGCUUCCCAUAGGAGUUGCUUCUUUUUAGUCUCCAGUCCCUUCACAUCAUCGGCACUGUUCUUCCAAUUCACCCCUGCCUAAGCCUUCUUCUCCUGUCCUGCAUACCUCCCCUUUGUCCUAUCAUUGGGCACAGACAAACUGAUGAGUAAUUCAAUUUCGAUUCCUCUGCAUGUCCAGUUGGCUGCACAUGUAUGAAGAAAUUGACAAUGAAACGACUCUGGCUUUGACUGAAAAUGAAUAAAACAGAGAGAAAGUCAACAACA